GUGUUUUUUUUUUUUUUAAACUUUUCAUUUGUUCAAUCAUUUUCAUGGUUUAAAGUAUCGCAUUAUUAGUACUAUGUUAAAGUUUCAUAACUUCUGCUUCAUAAUUGCAAUCCUUGCAGCAUUUUCUUUCAUCCCAAUCCUUUAUAAAUGUCAACUUUCCAGCAAUUGCUAUUCAUUUCAAAAGCCAGAGAUUGAUUUACUCACAUUCCCUUCUUCUUGGAAUCUUCUUUAUUUCCCUUCAGACCCUCCUCCGCUGACCCUUAAAAUUGCACUUUUUGUCAAGAAAUGGCCUCAAAGGUCUCAUGCAGGUGAGCUUGAAAGGCAUGCCUUGACCCUACACCUCGCACUUGCCAAAAGAGGCCAUCAAGUGCACAUUUUCACCACCUCUUCUCCAAAUACAUCCAUUCCCAAUCUAGUUUUUCACCUUUCAGAACCAACAGUUGGUGGAUAUUUGAACCAGACCGUGGUGUGGAGCCAGUUUCGAACUCAAAACUCGACCGGUACACCGUUCGACAUUGUUCACACCGAGAGCGUCGGGCUGAUGCAUGCCCAAGCAAAGGACGUGACCAACCUAGCUGUUACCUGGCAUGGAAUUGCAUAUGAAUCCAUUCAUUCCGAUAUAAUCCAAGAGCUUUUAAGAGAACCCGAAGAACAACAGGCUGCUAUGGUGACCAAGAAGAUUAUGAGAGUCGUCGAAGAGGUCCGGUUCUUUCCGAGAUAUUCCCACCAUGUUGCUACAAGUGAUCAUGCUGGGGAUAUACUCAAAAGGAUUUACAUGAUCCCUGAAGAACGAGUGCACAUCAUUCUCAAUGGAGUCGAUGAGGCGAUUUUCAGGCCCGAGUUGUCCCUAGGAAACGAGCUUAAACACGAACUUGGCAUUCCACAAAACGGGUCAUUGAUUUUGGGAAUGUCAGGGAGGUUGGUGAAAGACAAAGGGCACCCUUUGAUAUUCCAAGCAUUGAAAGAAAUAUUCAUGGAGAAUAACAGAUUCCAACAAAGUGUUGUUCUUGUGAUAGCUGGUGAUGGUCCAUGGGGUGCUAGAUACAAAGACCUUGGUGCCAACAUACUUGUUUUGGGUCCAUUGGGACGAGCUGAUUUAGCAAAGUUUUAUAACGCCAUCGAUAUUUUCGUGCACCCGACGUUCCGAGGUCAAGGACUGGAUCAAACUCCAUUAGAAGCAAUACUCAGUGGGAAACCAGUGAUGGCUACACGAGUUGCGAGUCUCACAGGGUCAGUGAUUGUGGGACCAGAACUGGGUUAUACGUUCUCACCCACAGUGGAGUCCUUGAAAAAGACACUGUAUAGAGUUUGGAACGAUGGGAAAGUGGUGUUGGAGAAGAAAGGCAAGGCUGCUAGGCAAAGAGGGUUGAAAUUGUUCACUGCCACCAAAAUGACAGCUGCAUAUGAAAGACUGUUUCUGUGCAUGUCAAAGGAAGCAUAUUGCAAAUACCCAAAUCAAUUUUAUUAA